AAUUCACUCUGUCUGCAUAUUAUCCGUCGCUCUUGUUCGUGGAAACCAAAUUCUCUAAUAUUUUGUCGCACUAUCUGGGUCUUACUGGGACUCGACUGUAUUACUGGAAACAAAUUAUUGCAUUUUGGAGGGUAGAAGGUAAGGUUGUGGGGCUGUGUAUAAGUUUGUGUAAUGUUUAACUACCAAGCAAUACUCAUAGAAAUAUAGCUAUAUAAAUGUAUCUCUUCUCUUUUUGUAGAUUGCCACAGAUAAUACUAAGAUGUUUUCGAUAGGUGUUUUCGUUGCUCUAGUAAAACUAGCGGGAUUGCUAAGUAGCAUCGAAGGAAAAAGGCCGGGUAAGUUAAAUUUAUGCAAGUAAUCGUUUAAACUCUUUAUGAUGAAUGUUCGGGUCGCACGUGAAUUGAUCUCGUUGAUGAUGGCAUUACUCACAUGUUGCAAACACUGCCCGUCUCCCGCGGCCGAAUCGUAAUUAUUUCUCUGUUCUUUGCUCUUAGAAACUCAAACAGAAAAUGGAAAUGUCAUUCAUUUUGUGACAUUCCCUGCGGUCUUAGAUAGCAAUGGGAAAUUUGUCGCACAUGUGGCUCGUAGCAAACACCAUUCAGAGGAAGCGCACAACAAUGAAAAACCAGAAGCUGAUAAAGAGGAACCUUUGCACAUCGAAGUGCCUACUUUCGGCGGCAAAAAUCUGCGUCUUCGCCUCUCGAAGAGCAAGAAAUUUACAGCUCCAGGACUGGUUAUUGAGAAGGAUGGUCACUUAAGACAUCAUAAUCCCAACUGUCAUUACCAAGGCACUAUCGUAGAUCAACCGAAUUCUAGAGUAUCUCUUAGCUAUUGCCAGGGUCUGGUAAGUACCGCGCACCAAAGCUUUUAAUAUGUCUCAGUCUUUAAGACUGUCUUAUUUUUGUUCAUAAAAAAAAGCAACAAGAUUGGGCAGAGGGUGCGUGUGUCACAAUUAGACCCAAGAUUAUUCAGUGAGACGGAUUGUUGAUUCUGUUUCAUUCAUUACAGUUAUCAACCUGGCGGUUGAGAAAAGAAACACAGUGCUUUUCUGUUAGCCACCUUAACUUACACUUCAAAGCUAAUUCUAAGUGGCAGCAAGAGAUUGCAAACGCAUCUUUUGGGAGAAUUUUAAUAACCUUAAGUUCGAGAUAUCCCCAGGAAAGGAAAGACGGCUUUAGUAGAAUCAGCCUUGCCCUCUUAACACAAACAUGACAAUUUACUUCCAGGAACGCUAAGCUUAUUUCCUCUCAGGUCUUAUAACCGGCACACAGAAUACGUUUCCGGAUACAUUAUAAUUGAAAGAAAAAAACGUACCUUUUGUCAUAUGCCUGUGACGUAAAAGAAAUUGAUUGACAGCAAAGGGGUCCUGUAUAAAAACCUCACGCAGUGAAAAAAAUGCAAAGAUGUGUAAUUAUAAGAAAGCGCACUUUGUUUAAUUCUCAGAAAUAAGAUUUCUGUACAGAUGAAGACAGACUCAGUAAAAAAGAAGUAUCGUUUUUAUUUCCCACGGUAUCGGUAAAGGUCGUAAAAAUUGUUUGUUGUAAUAUGGUUGUCAGCACAUUGCUUAAGCUUUCCUUUUCCGUUUCAAAAUUAUAAAUACUUAGUACGAACACGUUUUAAAAGUGUAUGGUAUUUUGCUCCAGGGCUUCUAAAAACACUCAAGGGGCAACGAGCGAAUUGCGUGCGGAAUGCAAUUAAAGAGUUUAAAUAUCUAGUUUUUGCUGUCCGCAGCUCUGGCAGGCGGUACUGAAGACCUAGCAAUCUUUUACAAACAUUUUGCAGGGGAACUUAAAGAAAAGGAAGUAAGGCUAAAAACACAUACUGGAUGGGCUAGCCCAGACUGAGCAAACAACAAGCACAACCUAUCCAAAGGCAAGGUGAUCGUAUACAAGAGCGCAAACCAUCUAAAUGAAAUGAAUUCAAUAGGUGUGUGCGAGUAACAGCUGUCAAAAACUGCAAACAGGCUAUUUCCCCUAAAUACAGUAUCAGACAAGUCUACAUUUCUGGCUGCUAAUCGAUGUCUUCCAAAAUUCUAGCCUGCGUAGCAAGCGUUUCCGCGCGAGUUCGUCGAAAAAAUUGGGACGAGAGCAAAAAAAGAGUAACCCCCUCCCCCUUCAUUCCUCUUUUUUGCUCUCGUCUCUCGUCCCAAUUUUAUCGACGAACUCGCGCGGAAACGCUUGCUACGCAGGCUACCAAAAUUCAACCAGUUGCGGAAUUUUCGCGAAAUCGUCUUUUUGUGAUCAACAUUUGCAACGGAAUGUGCAUCCCGAAAACGUUUUGCGUGUCCCAAGAAACUACUCGAACGCCAACAGUAAGACCAGUUGAUUGCCUCCGCGCGGCAUUUCUUUCAUUUGUCUUAAGAGGGUCAAGAUUUUUCUUUUUUAUCUGAACAAAUCUGUCACAUGGCGACAAUAGGGAAACCCCAAAACUCGCGUACAAAAUAUUUGUCCACAUACAGUCAAACCCUGCUCUUUAUUACGGACAGUUUGCUUUGUCCCUGGCGAAAGAAAACCCUUACAUUUUCACUAUAAAAAUUCAACCCGCUUAAUAUAUAUGGACACCCGUUAAUACGGACUCUUUCUAUGCCCCUCUCAGUGUCGGUAUUAUCGGGGUUUCACCGUAUUCCUGCCAUACACAGUUCCUCCUUCCCCCUGCCUUGCCAGGAGCAACUUGGGAGGAAGGAUUAUAAAUGAGGUUUAGACGUUAAUGCAUCUUGAUGGAAAUAACAGUUGUUAACCUUCUUUACGCACGUCUUAUUUUCAGACUAUCAAUAACGCCUUUUGUCUUUAUGAUUGCCUAAGAAGCUUCGAAUUUAAGUGAAUUUCCUGUCCACAAAACCACUUGCACUGUUUUUGUGUCAUCCAUCACGAGGCUCUCGCGAAAAAAGGUUCGUUGCUUAAACUGAGGCAAACUACAAGGUUUUCUGUGUACUCCCUUUGUUAAGUACUAUCUCGCGGAUCGCUAUUUCUUUCAUCGGUCCCUUAUCAAAGUAACAACAGAGUGAGUAGCCCAGACGACAACUGAUAUCGUGACACGAAAAUACCGUAACCUUCCGACAGUUCUACAGAGAAACAAUGUUUACUUAGAUAAUAGAGAUUUUCAACGCUGUUUGCUUAAGCAAGAUUCGCCCUUUUAUCAAGCGGAGGACACUAUCAAAUGCCCAUCUUUCUUCGUCGAUUAGAAACAAAUCGUCAUUUUAUACAAUCAACAAGAUUAAGAUGUGAGGGGAAGCCUUAAUUGGUAACAGUAUCUAUUUCUAGUUAUCGAAUUAGGAAAUCAUGACGUGGAAGAAAGGUGGAAAUGUUUUCCGUGCUCGAGAGAUUCUGGAGAUUAUUUUUUUAAUCUGGCUGGUAAAUAAUUAAUUAACUUCCAAACUUAAGAUUUGGUGCAAACACUAAUUGAUUUUUUUAAAUAUGGCAAGUAUUGAUCAUCAGAUAAGUUUUCAUCAGUCUAGGAUAAACAAUAUGAAAGCAAAUCAGUAAAGAAGUGUGCAGGACAAUGUUUAGUGCGAAAAGUCUUCGAGUCAGCCGAAGAGUGUGAAUUCGGCUUUAAAGAGUUUGAACCUUUCCAAAUUGUCUACUUUACUCAGAAUAUUCCUAAAAACAAACGAAGUACUGUAGGAACAUAAUUAUAACUCAAUGAACACAACACCCAUUCCGCCAUGGCCAUGCUACUUGAACAUUCAAGGGAACUGUUUGUAAUAGUGGAAUUCUCUAAGAUUGGCCUAUUCUAUAAUCGAACGUGAAAACCAUUUUUUGUGGUGCUCACACACUGGAAGAUGAAUAAAUGUUUUUGCCAUAUUUUUCAAAGGCCAUUUUGUGGGUCGGCUGUCCCUUCGUAAUUCUACCGUUGUUGACAGAAAGCCGACUCCUGUGUUACUAGCUGUUACAGCGAACACCGAGCGCCGCGGGAAACGAAUGCACCGAGUGCACCCAUAUUCUAACGCACGCGCCUUACUCGCCAGGAAAACUGGUGACCCUGUGAUCUAAAGUGAACUCAGAAGGUGAAAUUUUUUGGAUAGUGCGAAUAGCGUGCAGGUGGUCUAGGGAAUGACUCAUUAUGUUUUUAUUUUUUUUAACAGUUAAUUUCGUAAAGGUCAAGUUGUUUGUAGCACUUGUAAAACGCAGGCAUGCUGAGCCCUUUUGCUGAAAAACCCCAAGACCGCUUAAUUUCCCUACCAUGAAAACGCGAAACUUGUGGAAAAUAAAGAGCGCACUGAUUUCAAGAGAGGAGUGCCAUCAUAUGAUCGAUGAAUUCGAUGUCGACUUUUCUAACAAAAUAGCGCCUCAAAACAGAGCCAUGACCUUUAGCUGUUUUAAAAGUGUAUUGUUUUUUCCUUUGUCAAGUGAUUUAUAUUUAUUAGAAAGGUAUUUGCUGUCAGUAUAGCUUUGUCGAUGUACACUAUGUUGUCAUAGAAAUCUAAACGGAGUUUCGUUUAACAAUAAAUGUUUCAGUUUCUCUUUAUUAGUUAACUCAUGAUGAUGACACCUUGGUGUCUAUUCAUUAUGCGCGGUAAAGACCUUGUUUCCUCAGCACCGAGCAAAGUAAACGACAAUGCCUCUUUUGGGGUUAUAUAGUUAUUUAAGACGUAUAGACAUUACAUGUUGAAUGACCCUCAAUCACCAAAGCAAUAAAACAGACUGCGGCAAUUUCGAGGGUUUAUAACCUUCAAUUAAAUUAACUGUAUUAUCAAAGGUUACGCUUAUUUCACGAACAUAACAUGCUGAAGAACGCCCUACCUAAUUAUCACAUUUUUGAGACCAAGUUGUCUGCUUUUACGUAAAGUACUAUGACAUAACUUGAUAAAAUUACUGCAAGAUUUUUUUUGAUUCGUUCUCGUACUUUUUUCUGAAGUACAGUGGUGGUUCGACAACAACCGUAAGAAGAACUUAAAACAACAGCAACAAUGACAACAACAACAAAUAAACAAAUGAACUAAUGUAUGAGUAAAACCUAAGCUCUCUCUCUAAGGAGUGAGAAGGGGUUGGUUUGAAGUUGGCUUGCCCCUAUGUCCCAUAAUUCUAUGCGGCAUGGAAUGGGUUCGAGUCACGUGGUUAUAUUGAAUAUUAUCAAAGGAGUUUGUCUUGGACAGGUCACCCUAGCGCAUAUAUCCGUGAAGACCUGGAAAAACGACGGACGGAUAAAUACCAUACACUGAAGACGCAAUAUUUUUUAUGAAAAGACAGCCUGAGCUAGUUCAUAGAAAUAGGUUACAUGUGCACGCGUGAAUGAUAAGAGUCUUUGUUGCUUCUAGAAAGGACUCAUCCAUACUGAAGAUGGAGAUCACUUUCUUAUUGAACCAGUAGAAGAAAGAAACUCGUCAAACGCGGUCGAUAAACAUCCUCAUGUGGUGUACAAGAACCCAGUGAGAGUUCGUAUGUUACCAAGGAAACAGAAUGGAACGUUCUGCAAUGACCAAGGUAUAUAUUCUCUGUCUACACUUUAAACAUUAAUAUGGCAGCGUACCAUUGUUCUUGCUUAACUUUUUCUGUGUUUGCGUAAAAGCACAAGGAAAUGCAAACUGUUCUAUUCUAUUGUGAGUUCACCUUGUCCCUCGGGGGUCCGUUUAACCGAUGAAACAAGAGAGUAAAAGGAAGGACGGUUUCCUCAGGCCUCUCAUAAUUGCAGCGUUGAUAAUGUAUCUCCUUUUUUCUCCUUGAUAUAUCUCCUACGUUUCUCCUAGCACUGUGAAUCAGUUACAAUUGAGUCACUCGCCCACUUUUGAUGGACUAAACCAAUCAGUACGGAUACCAAAUUUCUCUCACUUGCUUCUACCGUUUUUCAGCACCAAUUAAACGACGUUCGCAUGCCCCAUUCUCGGAAAGGAAUGUAAUGCCGAAAAGACGUACAAGGCGUUCAGUUAGUACGGAGAAGAAUGUUGAGAUGUUGAUGGUGGCUGAUCAAACCAUGUACCAGUUCUACAAAGACGGACUGGAGGAGUACUUGCUAACUAUAGCAAAUAUGGUAUGUUAUUAUUUACUGUGAGUUAAUUAGGUAGUGUGUACUAGAAGCAAGGAAGUGAUACUAGAAAAAUAACUGGACGACGAUGAGUGUAUAAAUAGCAUAUUGGAGGUAAGCUCAGCUGUUUUCUGCCUAUCUCAGUUCAGGCCCCUGUUUUUCAAAAGGUGGAUAGCGCUAUCCAUCGGAUAAAUCUCUAGCCACUGGAUAGCACAAUUGCUUUUCCUAAUACUUAUCCACUAGAUAGCGAUUUAUCCGGUGGAUAGCGCUAUCCAUCUUUUGAACAACCGGGGCCAGGUGUGUAAAUGGAAAAUGUUAUCUCGGAUGAGAGAAAUCUUUCGCUGCAUAAGCCUCGUAUUCUCGCUAUUUUCACUUUAUACAGUCAGACCUCCAAGUGCAACUUCUCGUUAGCUACCACCUCCUAUUCGCCACUACAGAUCUAGCCUUGCGUCGCAGUCGUGAUCUAACCGCCGUUAGUAACGUCUGCUAAGCAGCGCCGAGAUACUUGUUCGGUUCCCCCGAGGGACUCAGUGAAUGACGGGAAAUACGAUUCGAGUUUUUCUUCUCAAAUGCAUUAAUAAUUCAUAAAGAAAAUACAAAGGAAAUUAAAGUUUAAUAAGUGUUUGGAAAUCAGAUGAAAAACUGCUCCUUUUUACAUCCUUAAUUUUUCCCUCUAAAAUAAUUUUGUUUGAGAAAUAAUAUCAAGCAGAUGAAACACCUCGAAGUUCGUCGAAAAUACUCAGCUGCAGUCAUAUUUUCAACUCUCUUCUCGGUGUUUCAUCUGGUGAUGAAACACUGCGUCUCAUUCUAGAUAUAUUACUUCAACCUGAUUGGGAAAUCGGCAGUGGUACUCUUCACGGGCCAAUCGUGAGGCGUACUCACAUCCUGAAACACAGUUGGGGGCUCAGAACAAGGAUUCCAGGGCUGUCUCGCAGGCGGGCUCUUCAGAAGUAUACUUCCAUCUGUGGCGCAGGCUACCACAGAUUCAGUUUCAGUUCAGUCACGGUUCUGUAAUUAGAAGCUUACAUGAACGACCAUCGCUCGGAAACGAAUGCGGUCACUUUUUGAAGCUGGAAAUGUUUUUUAUUUCUUUUAGGUGAGCAACAUAUUUAGAGAUCCAAGCAUUGGCACAGCGAUAAACAUUGUACUCGUUCGAUUGAUGAUUCUCAAGGAAAAUCCGGUAAGAACUGGACCGUGAAUUGUAUCCAGUCAGAAAACAUCCUCAGCUCUCCGUAUUUCAGUAAAUAAGAUAGACUGUCAAUUUAGAUGUUCGCGUUAGAUACGAUUAUGAAGACCUCCUAUGGUACCCAAAGUCACCUAUACUUUACGAAGUUUUGGGAAUUUCCAAAAAAAACCCCCUGCACUUUCCGAAAAUUGCCCGAUACAGUGUCUCCAGAAGCGACUCCCCCCGUCAGAGCCUGUUUCCAGUGUAUAACUAAUAGACUUAUUCUUUGACUUUGCGUUGAGCUACACUGAAAGUGUGAUCUUGGUAGAUAGUUUGUUUGAUUUAAUUUCCAGAGCUCCUUGAAAGUCACUCACCAUGCUGGGCACACACUUAAACACUUCUGUCGCUGGGCCUCUCUCAUUAACCCCAAAUCAGAGGCCCAUCCUAAUCACCAUGACAUAGCGGUCUUAAUCACAAGGUGAGUUACUUUGUAUGACCUUUCCACACUGUAUAUCAGAAUAAUCUGUUUUAGCCCUAAAAAUGGGGCCGUUUCCUAGGUGAGUAAAAUACAGUCUAAUUUUUGAGUCUAAUUUUGUCUCCCUUAAAUCAGGGCCAAUACAGUCCAAUUAUCUAGGGCUGAUGUGGACCCAAGGGCUGAAAUGGGUCCCAGCGUGGGCUGGAAUAGCCUUUUGAUUGGGCUGUUUUGGCUUGAAUUGUGCUCAAAUGGCUUCAGGAGGGGCUUAAUCAGACUUUGGCCAGCAGGGCUGAAUAGGCACUUUAGGGCUGAAAAAGAUCUUAACUUUUUAAUUUUCAGUGCUUAUCUCCAUUUCUGUUCUUUCUCCCGUUGUCUUUUUUUCGCUUCUGCUAUAUAUUUAUGUUAAUAUCAGCUACUUUCAAAGCAACAGGUUUUAUAACUCAACUAAAAUUUAGCAUCCAUUAAGGGAAUACGCAAAUAUAACUACAGCAAGAAUCAUUAUUGUAAGUUGUUAGAGAAAACUAUCUCUGCCCUUUCCCUGAUUUGUCUUUAACUUCCGUGAUGCCUGGUAUAUGUGAAUGCGAAAUUAUUUUUCCAUUACAAGUUUUAAUGGUAUCUGCCUAAGUAGCUUAUAAAAAGAGAAAAGGGCAACUGUGUCCUUACUGUCCUUGCUGUUGAUGAUUGCAAGAGUUUAUAUUCAAACGUUUCUUUUUUGGUAGGCAUGAUAUUUGUAAAGGAAUUAAUGAACCUUGUGAAACAUUAGGUAAGGAAAAUAACAACCAUUUUUUUGCAAUUCUGACAACCCGUUUCUUGUCUUAUUGAAACUAGAUAUAUGUAUUUUUUAUAACGCAGUCGUCAUAUUGUAAAUUGUUAGGUAACGCAAAGUUGGUUCUAAUAGAAAACAAAUCACUUCACUUUUACUCGAACAAGAUGAGCUCGUCUCUUUUUUCUCCAAUUAUUCAAAAAACGACCAAUCCAGAAACACGCGCAAGCACUAUAAAUCUACCACGAAAACUCUGUCGUGAAAUUUAGCAACACUAGAAAAGUGAGCGAUGGAUUCCUAAUUGGGCGAAACACGUACAUUAUGACCACUUUAGACUUUCAAAGCAGGAGGGAGGAAAGGUUUAAAUAACAACAAAUACAACCAAAGGUACGAACAAACAAUCAAAAUUGAAUAAGAAUAGAGCGACUUAAAAUCGUGAUAUUUGAAAACUAGUUAGACGAAAGGUUUUUCAAAGUAAAUCUUUGUUUAUUGUAACUUUGAUAUAAAGCGUGGGGGCAUAUUUGUUUGUCACGAGGCUGUGAUUCCGUCAUUUAUAUGUAGUCUCUUCGCAAACGUUGAGCCCCGUAGGAUUAAACAAAACUGACUGUACUGCCGUAACAUCAGUGGAAGCCUUUAUACAUAAAUGUACAAUUUAGCUCAUCUCGUAUCCAUUUUUAGGCCUUUCACAGGUGAACGGUCUCUGCACCAGAGACAAAAGCUGCAAUGUGAAUGAAGACAGUGGCCUUACGUUAGCGUAUACAAUCGCCCAUGAGAUAGGACACAAGUAAGGAUGUUAGCCUGUAAUUUAACCAUGCAAUCUUCCUGCCCUUUCUCCAAACACUGGUCUGUGAUCCUUGUAAAAAAAUGCAAUGAGGAAGCAAAUGUUUUUGGCAAAUGCAGAGAGCAUAGGCAACGAACAUUUCAGAGACUGACCAAGAAUGCAUAGUUGCACUAGUUUGAGUUUGUUGUGGCCAGUUGUUCCCUUUACCUUGUAAAAGUUUAAACGUGACUGUUGAUCAGUUAUCUAAAAGGGUAGCUAAACUGGAGGAGAAAGGAACACUCUUCCUUUUAACUCUCUUUUUUCGUUUCUUAUAUUUCCUAUAUUCUUUAUACAUAUAUGCACUCAAUCUAACUGUCCCCGCGAUCCCCUUGCACGACUGGCUGCCGGUAUAGUGAUUAACAGAGUCAUGUAGAUCAUCCUGCCCUCUAUGAAAAAGUCAAAUAUUUUGGAAAGAGUUUCUGCAUAAAAACUCUCUCAUAAAACCUUUUGAAAGAUAAGCCAAUGGCGGGAGAAACGAGAAAAGUGUCGUUGUUUUCAUUCCUUUUGUUUUUUUUUUGUUUGUUUGUUUGCUUUUUUACUUCAAAAAGGUCUAGAAAACUGACGAUAAUAAAAACUGCGAGUAUUGAAGACUCCCGGCGGUGGGGGGAGGCUCCCAUAUAAAAGUGAUGGAGAAAUUAAAGAUUUUGGGAGGGGGGUUUGGGAUGGAAGGCUAAUGUUUUAGCCCAUAAACGUAUCACGUAUGGUCGUCCGUAAGGAAAUAACUAGCGUAUAUAUUUAAGAAAGAAAACAAUGUUUAAUGCGGUAUUGAAGUAUGAUCUCCUUUAGGGGUCGAAAAGGCCUGAGCCAGGCCCAUAUUGGUCUCCUUAUUCGAAUUCUUCCCUUCCCGAGAGAAGAGUAAUAUAUUAUCCUCUCGCUCUCUAAUCGUUAAGAAAUGAAUGCACUUUUCUUUUCCGGAAAGAAACAAUUUUAUCAUCAAAGCCUUUUACAAGCCUUUCACAAGAUUAGUCGUUGCGGGAAAGACGAGAAAAGUGUCACAAACUUUUUUUGUUCCAGUGACCAAAAUUAGAAAACAAAAUUUCAAGUGAAAUAAAAUAGCAUCAAGAAAAGUUUGGCUAAUGGUGAUGUCAUCUGAUUUAAUGGCGCCGAAACCAAAUGUGGAAUUGCACACAUUUUAAGCAUCCUAUUGAUGAACAGUUACAACUUAUCGAUAAUCAGAGCGAAACCGUUCGCUAUCUGUCUCCUUUGAAUUGUGUAAUUUUGUGUUCUUUAGUGGGUUCAAAAUGGCUUUUUAAGUGAACGGUAUCGAAGGGCAUCUAAGGAGUUUACAACCUACAAGAAUUUAAUAAGGCGUUUCUCUUAUCUCAAUACUCAUAUGACAAGAUGAAUCGAGCGCGCGCCCCGGCAGUGGACGCCAAAGUGUCUAGAUUGUAUUCUCGUAAUUACUUAAGGCUUGUAUACACACUGCAUCUUAUCGUUUUAAAGGAUAAAGGUGCUAAAGGGCAUUUUGAAAUAACGCCGUCUAAAUAAUAAGGUUAUCACGCUGGAUCUAUUGUAGACCUGUUUUUUGUGAUAUGCGAAUGGUCUCUAUGCAUACAUUUCAGUUUAAGUAAUUUCUUUUUCGCGUUUCUUAAAACUUAAAGGGUAAACAGACUAUGGUAAAGAACUUCUUCUCAACCUUAUUGAAAACUACUUGUUCGACUGUAUGAGCUCACACUUAAAAUUCCGGCAUAACCUCAGUUUAUAUCUUAAGAAAGGGAUCUCACUAAGACAACGCACAAACUCUUUAAUCUUACUUGGUUUGCGGCCAAUAUCAGCUGAUAACCCACGAUAUGUGAUGGAAACCGCGCGUGCAUUGCUGAGAGACAUUACGUUCUAGUCAAUUCUUGGACAAAACAGUUUAAAUGUUACCAGGACAUUUCCUUACACAGCCAGUUUGUCUACGAGGUGCUCUCGGCAUCUUGAUGACACUAAUUUGAUUUGCAAGCUCUUGAGGGAUUUAGCGCAGUUUAGAUCACCGGGAAGAUAAAAUAUCUUGCCUGAUUUGAAACUUUUGAGAUGACAAAUACUUAAAUACUUAAACAAUGCUGGCCCAAGACUGUUAUCGUUUUCGUAAUUCAAGUGUUCUUAACAUGAUAACCAGAAGCCACGCGCCACCAGAUAAAAGUUUUGGAAUAAGGCUUCCUUUUUAGUUAAGAUGCCGCAAAUUUUACCCAGGUAAAAGAUAAAGAGCGGAGGAAAUCCUACAAUAAACUUUAAAUUAAAUUACAGUUAGAGAGUUCGGAAAGCGACCGCAGAAGGUAAUUCCGCUAUCCAAUGUGAGCAAAAUUGAUUCUUGACUUACUGUUUGAUUCUUGUCUUCUUUAUAUCAUUAGCUUUGGAAUGCUGCAUGAUGGGAAUGAAAAUAAAUGCAAAUGGCGCCAUGACAAACCCUUCCUCAUGUCUCCUCAGUUGGAAGCCUCUGGUCGUGCACACUUAUGGUCAUCGUGCAGCAGAAACUAUGUCAGGCGUUUCUUGAAGUAAGCUUCUUGAGUAAGCUAUCGACUGUGUAGGCUUACAGUGCUUUCAUACUGAUUCAAAAACUGAAAGUACCUCGACCGUCAUGUCUUACCAGAGGGAAAAAGCGAUCGCCAAAUUUAAUACUUCUUAGAGUCCGCCAACAACGCCUAUGCUAAUAAGAAUUUACGAAGAAAAUAACGAAAUGUCUCGAGAAAAUAAAAACCCUGCUGACUUAUAAGUCACUGUAAUGGAAACAAUUUAUAUUUGAAAAAGAAUUACGAGGGUAAAAAGUAUUUAAGUAAAUUUUGCGAAUAAUAAGACAGUUUUUCCUUUUAAGUUGCAUGUGAUCACUUGUUCAUUGCAGCAAAGGUUGGGGCCGCUGUCUUAAUGAUGAGCCUGCAAAACAUGACUUCAAAUUUCCCACAAUGUUGCCAGGGGUGAUAUAUGACGCUGACCACCAGUGUCGCUUGCAGUACGGCCCUUAUUCCUCUCACUGUACAGGCAUGACGGUAUGUUUGAGUUUUUUUGCUUUUAUUGAUCAGAUAUAACAACAUUAGCACUCUACCAUUCCGAUGCAACAAGCGGCGGCUAAUGAUUAACGCUUAGUAAAUUUUAAUUUGCCGCAGAUAAACGCAUUGCGCGGCUUAGAGGCAGGAUCGUUAAACGUCGGAUGAAGAUUUUUGGCCUAGGCCAGUUUAUCCGGUUCUUUACAUUAACUGCGUCUAGAGUUAGCCCCUGGUUACAUUUGCUAAAGAAAGAUGCUUGAAGGUUCAGCCAGUUUUAAACAAUCCGUCUGAUUAAAACAACAAUGAUUUUCGAAGCUAAGCCUUGAAAUAACCAGUUCUUGCUUCGGGCUUACGAUUUCAUGGUUUCUUUAAACCCUACCGCAGGACAUCUGUAACCGUUUGUGGUGUCGAGUAGGAAGGGCGUGUCACUCUAAACUGGAACCAGCAGCAGAUGGAACAAAGUGUGGCGAUAAUAAGGUAGAUCGCAUAAAAGAGGUAGUUACGUUUAACACCUUACAUAGUGCGAAAUUUUAGUUUCUUGAGGUCUCGUGAGAGACUGCAUAUUUCAUUUGGCUUUCUGUGGGAGUUUAUUUUACGCAGCAUGGCUUGCUUCAGUUACUAUUUAGUUACUGGCUAAGUGGCAGACUAUUAAUGAUUCUGAAAAGUAUAGAAUAAGGUCUAUGUAUGUACCUGCUAUAUGCCCAAUGGGUCGGGAUUUACAGGGUCUGUUUUAAAAAAGGCUGUAGUUAUUAUCCUUUAGGCGAAAAAUGAUUUGAAUGUUUUUGAGAGUCGCGCUGUAAUGAAUCGGCCGAUAUAAUUUAGUCUCCUGAGAAAUGAAGUGAGGCACUCUCUUUUCUUGAAAAACCACUGAAGCUGGGUUCACUUUCGCCUGCGAUACCGCUUGUGGGUGUUUUAAUGAUAACUAAAGUCUGAGACGCUGAGUUGGCCGGAGACAAUUGUACUUAAAAGGACACAGGUAAAUGUCGUUCUUCUUUCAUUAUGCCUCCAGUGGUGUUACAAGGGAAGCUGCAUCGAAAGAGGAAUGAUACCAGACAGUGUUGAUGGAGGGUGGGGUCCGUGGAAGGAUCACAGUCAAUGUUCCAGGACCUGCGGCGGAGGAGUUUCCUUUACAGAGAGACAUUGUGAUAAUCCACGGUAAGUAGGCAAUGAAAGCGGUGAUGAACUUUUGAUACAAGAGAAUUUGGACGUUUUCAUAAAUAGGAAAUAAGGACCAUCUUUGAUCACUCUUCCUAUGUCAUAAGUAGUGAUUUCUGGAGCCACGAAGCUCUCAAAACCGUUUCAAGUUCAGAUCUAGACAUUUUGGUUUAUUUUGAUUGGUCACAAUAAACACAAUAUCUUCCAUUCGUCCCCAUGGUUUUUCUCUCAUCACCUACGUCAUUCUCAGGAGAACAGAUGAGGUGAUGUGUUCAAAGAAAGACCAUGGGUACUAAUGGCUAGUCUUGGCGUAUCCUUACCAACUGAGAGAACAUGACGUUUCUGAUACUUAAAGCCCUUAACUUUUGUUGAUUCUUAUAAUUAGGCUUGUUAUUUCUUAGACCUGCCCACGGAGGGAAGUACUGUAUUGGUGAAUGGAAGAAGUACAAACUUUGCAAUAUACAGGUAAACCGAUAAGCCCCCUGGUUAAUAGCUUGUCUAAAGGAACAUUCUAUAACCUUUCCCUUAUGGCCACAAAACCUCAUGGCAUUAUAUGACAAUACUAAUUUAGUUUUUACUCUUUCCCUUCAGCCUUGUCCUGAGGGAAGCGUAAGUUAUCGUGAGUUGCAGUGUUCUCGGUUUGACAAUAAACGUAUAAACAACAGAUUAUGGAAAUGGAAACCCCGUUAUUCACAAGGUGAGGCAUUAUAAUUUAAUACGGCUAUUUGGCAUCUUUGUGCCCGUGCAGUUUCUUUAUUCGGUUCUAUAACAGUCUUUAACGUCUUUCAUUGUCCAACUUCGUUAUCUCCUCAUAUAUCUGUUUGUUUUGCGAUUUGUGAUCAAUAGUGUUUUUGGUUAUUCAGUUGAAUACCACCAGAUAACUUCUUCUAUAAACAUUGUUUAAUUUAGAAAACAGAGAGACCUGGAAACACGUCUGCAACUGCACGUCCCUAAGUGUCACAUCGAUAUCUAGUGCCUGCUUUAGCGUCCAUUUUCCGAAACCGACUCGGGAAACACUAAGAGUUAGAGAACGAGACACGCUUUGCGCAGACAACCCCGUGUAUUCACCCACUUACAGAUUCGUUCCAUUACUUUAAAGUUUCUCCAUGUGAACUGCACUGUACACCUAAAGGUCUCUUUGGAUUGUACUUCUCCAAGAAGUUAGCUGAUCAAGUGCAUGACGGGACACCCUGUGCUCCCGCGAGGCGUGAUGUCUGCAUUAACGGAAAAUGCGAGGUUUGUACAUUAACAGGCCAUUUGCACGAUGACGUCAUUUUACUACUACGAACAGAAUCCUUCAGGGUUUCGCUUUCUGUGCAAAUUAGGACUUUCGUUAUUUAAACCUCGCUGGGAUUACCAAAUUUAAAUAUGAAAGCGAAAACGAAAAGGAUUCUGGUCCUAGUAGUAAAAUGACGCCUUCAUGCAAAUGGUCUAUUCUCUUUGUACACUGAGCAUUCAUGGUCACGGCAACCGCAUCUUAAACAACAAUGUCUUUGUCCUUAACUAUACUUAACACAUAUUUUCCCCUCACUUUGCAUCUCCAACAUGCGAAGGCGUAAGAAUAGGCUUUAUUGUCUCUAUCUCAAUAUAGCAAUGAACAAUUGUUAUCAUAACGUAAUGGUGAAAUGGUGGAAUAACAGGCUUUGCUCCCAUCACAGAUUAAGUAAAGUUUACCAUCGAGCUUUUACUUCUAGACUGGAGGAGAUCUCGUUCAAGUUUUUUUUAAAAUUUUUUUGUGUUCUUUUUGUAGCAUGUUGGUUGUGAUAAUGUUCUUCAUUCAACUGCCAAAGAAGACAAAUGCGGCGUGUGUCGUGGUAAUGGUACGGCGUGUGAGACCGUCAAGUCAACGUUUGACCAACAAACUGGUUACGGUAGGGAGUUGAUAUCAAUCAGUGUUCUUGCUAAUGUGUUACUCCGUGUGCGCUUGAAUGGCUAAAGGCGAUUUCCUAUCCAACUAAACAAACCAAUCUGACAAGAUUUACAAGGAUAGCCAUGAAUUAAGGUGGCUCCGUAAUUAAUACAAGAGCAUUUAACUGUGACAAAUUUUCCGUCAUAACUUUUUCGAUUUUAACGCGAUGGCUGCGAAACUUUCGAAAGAACAACAGAUAUCAUUCGGCAAUAAUACGAAAUAUUCCGAUUUCAUUGAUGGUAAAUAUUUCUUGAGAAAUUAGCGCUUAAAAGGACCCUAAUGUUCAAAGAAAAUCGCGUCUAGUAAAAAAUUUUGCUGAUAUUUUUUACUGAAAUUUCUGGUAUCGGCUUUAAUUGAUAUAAUAAAUAUGCUAGAGGAAUUUCAGAAAAAUCGUUGGAGCAGAAGUCCGUAACUAAAAGUCGCUCAAAAUUCAGCGGUGAAAUUGUUUUGGAAUUUCAAAAAUAAGUUACCGUCAGGUAGAAGGAGCCACCAGUUUGAAUUUUCGGGACAAGUAAAUUCAACGUUUGCUAAUUCUUAAAACAAAAGCCGAUUGCCUAUCGUGCCAUUCUUUAAAAGGUACUUUUUAGUUUUAGAAGCACUAUAAAUUGUUCCAAACCUUGCUCUGAAGUAGAAUUACUUGUUCUUCGACCGUUUUAAAAUAUUUCUUGGCAGUUUUGGCUCAAACUCCUGCUGCAUACAUUUUGAUGUAUUACAAUGCAUUUUCAAAGACUUUUACUGCUGUUCGUUGCUUCCAACUCAGGAAAAAAGUAUUGAGAUUGGACGCUACCUCGUAUCAGAGCUCAGAUAGAACUGUCCAGCACCUUUGUUUAUGACUACAAAAUGAGCACGAGCGGCAGUUCUGCGAGGAAUUCGCACCUCACCCAGGGGGGACGAACGACAAUGAUGACCAUGCCUGUGAACCGAAUAACAUCAUAGUGCAAAAUAAAAUUGUCGCAAAAAUACUGCCCGUGAAUAAAUUUACAACUCUGAAAUUUUUGUCACUCCUUCCUUCAAUGAAUGGGUAUUUUUUUCUUGAUUGUUAUGUUUUGCUCUGCAAUACAUGUUUAUACAGAUCGGUUCACAGACAUGGGCAUCAUUGUCAUUCGUCCCCCAUGGCUGAGGCGCGAAUUCCUCGCAGAGCUGCCGCUCGUGCUCAUUUUCUGGUCAUAAACAAAGGUGCUUGACAAUUCUAUCUGAGCUUCGAUACAAGGUAGCUUACAAUCCCAAUACCUUUUUCCUGAAUUGGAAACAACGUACAGUAGGAAAAGCCGUUGAGGAUGCAUUGCAAUACAUCAAAAUGUAUGUAGCAGGAGUUUAAACCAAAACUACCAAGGGAUAUUUUAAAAAUGUCGAGGAACAAGUCAUUCGACGUCAGAGCAAAGUUUGGAGCAAUUCAUAGUGCUUCUAAAACUGAAAACUAUCUUUUAAAGAAUAGCACGAUAGGCAAUCGGCUUCUGUUUGCAGAAUUAGCAAACACUGAAUUUACUUGUCCCGAAAAUUCAAACCUGUGUCUCCUUCUUCCUGAUAGUAAUUUAUUUUUGAAAUUCCAAAACAAUUUCACCGCUGAAUUUUGAGCGACUUUUAGUUACGGACUUCUGCUCCAACGAUUUUUCUGAAAUUCCUCUAGCAUAUUUAUUAUAUCAAUUAAAGCCGAUACCAGAAAUUUCAGUAAAAAAUAUCAGCAAAAGUUUUUACUAGACGCGAUUUUCUUUGAACAUUAGGGUCCUUUUAAGCGCUAAUUUCUCAAGAAAUAUUUACCAUCAAUGAAAUCGGAAUAUUUCGUAUUAUUGUCGAAUGAUAUCUGUUGUUCUUUUCUUUGCAAAGUUUCGCAGCCAUUGCGUUACAUGUAAAAUCGAAAAAGUUAUGACGGAAAAUUUGUCACAGCUAAAUGCUCUUGUAUUAAUUACGGAGCCACCUUAAGAUUCCUAACGUAUGUGACGAUUAAAUAAGAACAAUGUUCGUUGUUAUUGGCGAAUACUUUCUAAAUGCCAUUGUAUAACUCCUGCCCCAAUCGCCGUUAGAGCUAAAACAUGUUUGACAACUGUCCUGGCAGUUAAACACCGUUAUAUAAAAAUUGUCUUUAUUAUAAAAGCCGUAAUAAAGAUAAGGUAAAGAAGCACACAAACCAAAGGCCCAAACGGCACGAGCUUAUCCUGGUUUCCUUGUAUGAAGCAUACCUGCGAACAUUGCUACUUCCCCCUGGACGUGAUGCUAGUCCAUCGCAGGGUUACCCCCCAGCAGUACUGUAUGUCACCGGUACCCAUCUAUACACCUGGGUGACAAGAGACAAAGUGGAGUAAAGAAACAACCCAAUAGACUUGGUCCACGGACCUCCAGACCCGCAGUUUGAGAUGUUAACCGCUCGGCCACACACGCCUCCCGAAUUGUUUCAACGAGAGUACAAUUUAGAGAAUGCCCGUGACAGUAUAAGCUGACUGAAUCCUAAAUAAAUAUCAAUCUGCUGUACACUAUGUUUAUUUUUUUCGAAGAGAGGAGUUUAGGUAUUUCCUGUGUGUAAUCGCCAACUUUGAUUGAUUCUUAGCCUUUCAGUGCGAGAAGACGUUUCUUGCCUGUCGCUACCUUGCACACAGCUCGAGCGGAUUGAAAUACCCUCGCAAUCCCAGAAAACGCAUGCAGUGCAAGCUGCAGGAAAAAUUAGUUUUCAGUUUCCCUUUACUAAUUUCACUUUCUUAAAACUCGAUCAAAACACAGGAUACGUAGAGACAAAAGUCAUUCCAGCUGGUGCAAGAAAUAUACGAGUUGAAGAAGUAGCUGGCGCGUCAAACUAUUUAGCCCUGCGGUCGUCAAGUGGUAAAUGGUAUCUGAACGGUGAUUGGUACAUUCAGCAGAGCGGUGAAUACACGGCUGGCGGUACCACAGUAUUCUACAAACGCAGACACAACAAAGAGACUUUCGAAGCGCUAGGACCCACUACUGACGAACUUCAUAUCAUGGUGCGCUGAAACUUAAACAGGCAUUUACCUAGCUGUUUAUUUUGGCUUAUUUUAUGUUUUGAAAUUUAAUGUAAAUGCGCACCCAAAAUUCAAUAACUUCAACUAUGUGUUUUUACGAAUUUUCCCUACGGUAUGUGUAAAUACAACAGAAUAAAUCAGAGGACCCCAGCACCCAUUUUUGCAAAAUUACUACACUGUCGACAACACUUACGUUUAACUCUACAUCUACAGUAAAAAUUCAAAAUCACAUCAGGUCGCUCUUUAAACUUCAUACCAGCAGCUUGUGCAAUAAACAACUUACAAAACGGAUGCUUUUUGCACUCACAGAAAAGAGAAAAAAGAAGAAAGGGGCAAAGUUAGUUUGUAACAUUUAAUAUCUCAGUACAGGUGGAUGUUAUUCUUCUAUCAAUUCAGGAAAGUAGACUUACGGUCAAAUAAUCUCGUUUCUUCAAUUCCUUCUCAGCUUCUAUUUCAAACCAAGAAUCCUGGAUUAAAAUUUGAGUACACUAUUCCAAAGAAUCAGACAGUAACCCACAAACUUGUCUUCAGCUGGAAAUACAGAGAUUGGACAUCAUGUUCAGCUACUUGUGGUAUUGGUAAGUGAUAAUUCGUUUACUGGCUUUCUUUUAUUGACCGCCUUCUCGUAGUUAAAUAUAUUUAUACCUCCUAGCGAUCUUACUUUAUGCCUUUUACCUCAGACAUUGGCUAGACUCUAAGGCUCAUCACUACGGGCCACCAGUUCGUGUCGGGUCACUUGGUCUAAGAGAAUUCCCGGCCGUUCGUUUCGGAUACGACGCUGAAAUGAACUGAUCAAGAAGACCUGGCAAAAGACGCUGUACCCAGACUUGCGAAUUUCAGAAGUUUCAACAUUUUAGUCUACUAGAUGAAUUGCUCACAGGAUUUGCUGUUACGUUUUAAAACCGUAGAAGGCACUCGCAAGGUGCUUAAUGCCACUGGGGUUUAUAUAUUUUGUCCCCUUGGGACUUAACUCACUAGCUUGGGAAAACAGCUGCCUGGGAUUGCUCCCCGUUUCAAGAACGGCCGGGAGCGAUGAGAGGCAGCUGCAUUCGCAGGCUAUCAACUUAAAUGCCUACUAAAACUAUAAUACUCUCUCUAGCCAAAACAAUAAUAAAUUUUCUCUUUUCUAUCCUUCUUUCUCAACAAAGGAUGAUAAUAAUACUUGUGCUUGAAAUUGUUUAUUAGGUACGAAGCGCGCCGAGGUAGAAUGUGUCGAGGAAAGCGGGACGCCGGUGGAUGACAAAUAUUGCAAGGCCAUGCCCCGCCCUGAUGACAGGCAAAGGACUUGUAACGAAAACCCCUGCCCACCUACGUGAGUAAACCACAGACUCGUACCCAGUCAGGGGGGCGAGGACUCAUGGGAGGGGACUAUUUUUCCUCCGCCCUUUCCCUUGAGUAAACCAACGGUCUUGUCAAUUUAGCAUCAUUAAACUUACCAUAUAUACUUGAAAUCGUUUCGCCUUCUGGCAAAGGGAUGUCUUGGAAUAAGCGGGCGCCUUCAUGUAACCUAGUGUACGAACAAACUGGUUUCAGUAGUCAAGUUCAUUCAAAAACUCAGUAUAUAGUGUAUGCAUAGUUUAUAUAUUCAGUAUUCAAGCGUUUUGACCAAUACUAAUACCUAAUUUACCAUUCAAAGAAAUAGUCAAAAGUUCAAAAUAAAAUGUAAAUAAGCCAUUGAUAUAAAGUUAGCCUAAACUGGCGGCUGGGAAAAACUUAUUCUCAAUAAAGCAGGCGAAACACAAAGUUUUCUCAACCAAGGCAACAACAGCAACCAUCCAUUACAAGAUACGAGUUCUUAAGAAGCAUAAAAUAAGGAGAAGAAAACGGCAUUCUUACCAAUUUCCAACUCUGUAGAAACUUUCACUGUUCAUUAUAUCGAGUUGCGGAUACGUUUGUUGACACUUUCUUCGAGCAAUUUCUUUCCACUUGUACGGUUCAGUUUUAAAAUUCGUUUGUGUGUUUAUAGCGUAAAUUCUUUUGGGGCAUAUGCAUACAGCAUUCCCGUUUGUCGGCUGCGAUUGUUCAUUGUGUUGAGCUUAAAAACAAUAAAAAAAAUUCUAACGAGCAAACGCAAUGCUAUACCCGUAUGCUGUAAAUGAAUCUACGCAUAGUUCACCAACUUUUUUGUUUUGGUGGUGUUUGUUCUGCGCUUUCGAAUAAAGCACGCAUUCAAGGAACAAUACGUCAACCUAUAAGAGCAAAAAUACAAUACUCUAGGGAGAGUUCUUGGAGCUGUUCAAAGCACUCGCAGACGUGUUUUAUCAAUUCUAGCUAAUUCUAAUUAAUUCUAACGCUUCCCACGAAAAAAAAAGCAGCUGUUUCUAUUUUCGAAAUAACUCAAGUUCACAUUUUUUGUUUUAAGCCUAUAUUCCUGGCUCUGUAGAUAUCGUGUAUUAAAAUGAUAAAACUCCUGCCCUUGCACUAAAAUAAACAUUCCUAAAGCUCCGGUUCUUUAUUUAUGGUUGUCCGAUGGGCGGAGUGCGAUGGCAAAAAGUCUGAAAAAGAACGUAAAAUAGAAGUAAGAACUACAAAGACGAUCGAAACACAAAGGCUGAAGCCGGAGUGUUGAGGGCAAACUGUUAUGAGGCCGACCGGCAAAUUUAAUUUCGUUGCGGAGCCUUAUGUCCACCUCCUCUCCACAUAUUAUUAUUUGCUUGUCAAAUAGCUGGAAAUGUUUUAUCUUCCAAUUUUAGAUGGUGGAAGGGUCAGUGGCAGAAGUGUUCCAAGUCAUGUGGAAAAGGCAUCUCAAUUCGGUCAGUGCUUUGUGUAAGAAGCUCUGGAAAUGAUGAACAAGUAGCGUUAAAAGACGAGGCAUGCGCAAUGAUCACGGAGAAGCCUCCCGUUUUUAGGUCAUGUUUCAAGAGAGCAUGCCCUUUAGCUUGGACUGUGGGAUCCUGGUCAAAGGUAAAAGCUAUUCAUGCCACAUGCAUUGAAAUAUUUGAUGUAAAACUCUGGAGUCGAUCUUUUCGAGCCGAACUUUGUGCUUUUGAGGCUGGAUCUUUUUCAAAUCUCAAAUAUCCUCUCUCGGCACUUUUUUUUCUUUGCUCUGUUAGUGCUCGUCAAGUGUUACUGCAGCACCCAGAGGCAUUCCAACCCUACUAACGUUCUAACAUAGGUCUCCUAUCGAUUCUAAAUAGCAGGCGGAAAGCCAAAUUCCUUAUACAGUCUGAAACAUUUUGUAAGAUUUUUCACCUUUCUGUUAUUUUCACGUAUGAACAGUGUUCGGUGUCCUGUGGUCAAGGAAUUAAAAGAAGAAAAGUAGCCUGUGAUGCUGUGGGUUCUAAGGAGGGAUGUGACAGUUCAGCUGUACCUAUUUCCUGGAGUUACUGCAACAAAGGACUGUGUCCUAAAAUUUCCGCUAUUCCUUCUAAAAUUAAGGUAAGUUAGUUUGUCAAAAGUUUUUCUCAAUAGAAACUCUCAAUAUAUUGCGCUAGGAAUCACUCUGCUGUUGAAUAAUGUCUUGAAAGGUUCUGGUCAUACAGACCAUAAUAAAAGAUAUCAGUUCAAACUAAGUUCUGUUGUCGUUGUCCUCAUUUCACUCAGGCCAGAAACGAGAAGCAAUGCACUGGAUCGGACUGCCAGAUGUGGUCUGUGAGUGACUGGAGUAAGGUAAGGUUAUUUCGGUAGGACGUGAAUUGGUCUUUGGGGACAUAUUUUCAAGUUUGUCUCUUUUAUUGGGGAAAAAUCUUUAAAAACCAUUUGAUUCGGUCAUGGUUUCUGUCGAUUUAUCAACUUCAGUGUUCGGCAACAUGUGGCCAAGGAAGCCAGGUUCGCCGUGUCUACUGCGCCGGAUCACAUCUUUUGUGUGACAAAACACGUCGACCUUUUGGACAAAGGAGAUGUACGAUGGUCCCAUGUGCGAAUUGGCAAGUAGGAUCUUGGGGUGAAGUAAGUGAAAUCUGACUUGAAGAUAAAUGCAACUGCUGUUAACUCUCGCCUUGCGGAUACCCUGCUAUAAGGGAUACCGCCAUAAUACGGACAGCAGCUAAAUACCAGGCAAAAAUAAAAAAAACAGGCGUUUGACUGAAAUAAACUCCCGCUAUUACGGACUCUCGCUAAUGAGAACACUAACUCAAGGUCCCUACAGUGUCCGCUAUAAAGGGAGUUGACUGUAUUUUUAACUUUGUAACUUGUCGGACGGUGCACAGAAUAGUUGAAAGUCAACCCUUACCAUAACACCACGCUGGCAUUCUCGUAGCUCGUCACCUGAUCUCUCUUCUGAUCCCAAAAGAAAAGAACGCUUGACAGGAACUUCUGGGUGGGACGCCAACCGUUAAACCACAGGGUUCACGUUACUAAACGGUCAUGAUCUUAAUAAUUACGCUAUUGUCAAUCUAGGUGGUCACUCUUAGCGGCCACAUUAUAUUCAAUCAAAUACUGAGAUUUUUAUGCUACACUCACUCGAUUUUGAAAAGUGCUUAUAAUAGAGACCGUUUGAACUAUAGAAUCCAAAGAAGUAAUACUUGUUUGAGCUUGCGGUAGAUUAGCGUAAAAUACAAUCAAAACCCUUUUCGGCCAAAUAACUAUUCGUAAGGGCGUGAAGAGUAUCUAUAAGGAUACAUGUAUAAAUUGUUCAAUAAAAAUUGAACAACGCCAAUAUUGUUUCCUUUUGUUUCAGUGUUCAGCUACUUGUGGAAGUGGAACCCGGAAACGUAAAGUGAAAUGUUAUGAGAUAAAAAGUGGUUUAAAAUCAAGGGCUUGUCCCAUGGCAGGCAAGCCACAUCAUUACGAGAACUGCAACACCAAGGCGUGCCCUACUACAAAGACGGGUAAGUUUUCCUAACACAUUUAUAUUUAGAUUACGGAUCGCCCUGAAGAGAUCACUAAUUGUGACUUCUCCCAAAUUGUAUCCAUGCUACAUGAAAAGCAUGACAAGUUAUUUUCAACAUUAAAGCUGUUUGCUUUUUUAACGUAAUAUUUAAAAAAAAAAAAACAAUCAGUUGUAAAAUCGAUAUAUCCUGUAUCUCUUUGAUAAGCACAAUCCCGAAUCCCGCCACCUACACUAACCCCUUCAAAUUCCGAAUCCCAUCGUGUCCCAUUCCUCCUCUUCCUUAUAAUUUUGUCUUCGGUCCCAAGUUAGAAUCGCGAAUAUCGCUGUUCUCCGGUAAAAUUCCGAAUCCCAAUCUUCAAUUAAGCUAAAUACGCAACAAACAGAGCUUUUUCUGAUUUGUUCAUAGGAAAGUCACAGCAUAGGGGUAAACCAACUCAAAAAUUAUCCAAGAACUGUUUUGAAAGUAGCAGGGACACAUAUUUUUGCAAGUUGGUUGUGCUCCACAAGUUUUGCCGGUUCAAACACUGGAAGGACAGAUGUUGUAAAACUUGCCACCGAACUGCGUUGUGACUCAAACGUUAAUUGCUUCGAUUUGAAGUCAAUCCUCAGAUACCAAGGAUAAAAAGGAUGCUGGAUCAACUGAGAAUGAAAGAUAUCGGUCAGAACAUUGGUCCAGACACCAAAGCAAGAGGCGUCAUGCAUGCAGAUUUCUCUAGAAUAGAGCUCAAAUUAAUCUGGCGUUAAGUAUUAGACGAAAACUCAAGAACAGCAAGUUAUUGCUAUCAGAUUUUAGACUUAUUUAUGUUGUACAGCAACAAAGAGACGAAAGAACAAACGGAAGUUUUUGGCGCUGCAGUUGCUGUCGUCGUUGCUAUAGCAAAUGGGCUAACUCAAUUGCGCUAUAGGCUUGCGUUUGUGUACGGGUUUGUAAAGUAGCCUGCACGAAGACGUGGAUAACUUAGUGCAUGAGACUUGAAAUACAGAUUUUGAUCGAAAGCUCUACAAUCGCGCCAGUAACUUAUACAAAGAUUUAAGAGCAUUAGCGUUCUUUUCUCACAUUGAGAUUUUUUCUUUUUUCUUUUGAAAACCGCGGUUUACCCUCAAUGUGAGUAACUGCCCCUUUUGACUGUUCUACCAGUUUAUCAGGUUAAUUGCAAGUUUCGUGAAUACCGACUUUUGAUUCGAGAAGAUUACGCGGGAGUCACGCCAAGGCUCAUUAAGACACCACCAGCCUCCACUUAGUGUCCCCACUUAGUGGUCAUACACCGCUAUUACAGUUUUGAC